GGCGAUGAAUGAGGCGAGGGGCGUGGCUGGCGGCUGCACGCGACCGCCGAGCUCGCCGUCACAACGUGAGGGGGCAAUGAGGCGGGGGAAGGAGCUGGCUCGCUGCUGUCCCCGCUGCCGCCGUAACGGCUGAGUGUGGUGUGUUCCGGCCCGCCCGUGUCCAUGCACGAGAGCGGUAGCUGUCACAGCUGUUGCCCCGCCAUCUCUUUCUUCCGCUCGCGGCCGCCAAGGGACGCUGGUAGCCAAUUCCGGCGCUGCGUCGGUGGGUGACCGAGAGCCCCCGCCCGCCUCUCAGCAUGCCAUGGGGAACAGCUGGGCGGCGCAGUGGUGCUGCUGGGUCUUCCCGAGACGAGAAGCGGGACGCCUCCAGCGAGGAGGAGGAUCAAAGUAUUUUAGGACAUGCUCAACAGGAGAACAUUUCACCAUAGAGUUUGAGAAUCUAGUGGAAAGUGAUGAGGGUGAAAGUCCAGGAAGCAACCAAAGACCUCUGACAGAAGAAGAAAUUGCUGCUCUUAGAGAAAGGCAAUACAAUUCCAUUGCGGAAAAACAGAGAACUUUAGAUGAUAAGCUUCAAUCAGAGUUAGCCAUACAAGAGGAGAAGUUAAGAAUAGAAGAGGAGACUUUAUAUGCUGUGCAGCGUGAAAGAGCCAGGGCAGCAAAGCAGAGAAAGUUCUUGGAGCAACAAAAGUUGCAGAGAAUAGCUCAGAGAGCAAACCCUGGAGAUGCCCAAAGUACCAUGACAGAAGAGGACUUUGAUUCUUACUUGAGAAAUGUAAAACUACCAUAUGAAGCUUUCCGCACUAGCAGACUCUCAUCAGAUGCCACUGUUCUGACACCAAAUACAGAGAGCAGUUGUGAUUUAAUGACCAAAACCAAAUCUACAAGUGGAAAUGAUGACAGUAAUUCCUUAGAUUUAGAAUGGGAAGAUGAAGAAGGUAUAAACCGAAUGAUCCCACUGAGAGAACGUUCAAAAACUGAAGAAGAUAUUCUCCGGGCAGCGCUGAAAUUUAGUGGCAAGAAAACUGGAAGUAACCCAACUUCUACAUCUGAUGAUUCUACUGGUUUGGAAUGGGAGAAUGACUUCGUUAGUGCAGAAAUGGAUGAUAACGGCAAUUCAGAGUAUGCUGGAUUUGUAAAUCCUGUUUUAGAACUUUCUGCAACAGACCAAAAAAUUUCUGGUGUUGAUCAGCAAGUGAGAUAGUGAAAUUGACCAUUGGGUGUCUAACAAAAUGGAUGAAGUUGGCAAAACCUACAAACCUGUAUUGUGCACAGUCCUCUAAUUGCUGCUGCUGCAAAGCCUCCUUUAAAAUAAGAAAAUUACACAGUGACCACCCUUGGUGAAUGAGCUCCAGAUUUCUAGAAAAAGAAGGAAUCUAUGUUAUACCUUAUGUCCAUUAAAGAAUAUGGUUUGCUAACAGUUGGUUUGCUAUCUGAACGGAAUUGUAAGUGCAAUUUUUAUCAUCUACCUUUUAAAUGUUUAUACUUGAAUGAUUCUGUUAUGUCUGUUUUUAGGUUUAAGCAUACAGCUGUUUGCAUUAAAUUUGGUGUUACAGCUUGAUGUUUUAAUCAUCCUAAUUUUCAGUCUGUAUUUUUUAUUUCAAUACCUACAUUAGCAUAAUUUUAGCAGGAAAUCUUAUCAGCACCUUUGUACUUGAAUUAUGAAACUAGAUAGGAAUUCUGCUAUGACUUCCCAAGUAACAUAGGAUGCUGCCUUAUACUGAGUCAGUCUAUUGAUCCAUAUAGCCCAAUGUUGUCAACAUUGGCAGUAGUUUCCCAGUUCUCCAGUGUUUCAAGAGAUUCCCAGAUUUACGUGGAAAUGUCAAGAUCUGAAGGGGGCCAUGCUGAAUGCAAACCACAUGCUCUGAGUGAAGCAUCCCUAACAGUUUUACAUUUUGCAGUUCGUUUUGAAAAUUAAGUAAACUUUUGAAUGUGAUUUUUCUUUAUUCCUCCCUGUGUUUUACUGAGAUUAUAUCUCAAGCACAAUGUCAUACAUUUAAAAUAUAUGCUAAAACAUUAUAAAUGAAAUUUAUCAUGUGCAGUAAUGAGCCAUAUAACUAGAGAAAUCUGAAAGUAUUGAAGACAUCUUUGUUUAAAACAUUGGAUACCAAAAUGCAGGGUUUUGUGUUUUUUAAGCUUCCAUUUUUCUCUCUAAUCAAAAAUAUAAAUACUUCUAAUAUAAAGUAGUUGCAUAAUUUUUAAAUUGUAUAAAAUUAAUAUUGCUUAAUAAUUGGUAAUUUAGUGUUCUGAUUUGUAAAAUAUAGAAAGCAUGAGUACUUUCUGUGGCUGAAUCAAUGCAAACGCACAUUCCAAUCAAAGUGUAUCCUUCUGAAGUAUGUGAAUCAUUUCAUUCUUGUAAUUAAGACUAAUAAUAAAAUUCAGUUUAUCAGAUUUAGUAACUGCUGCAAAUGAAGAGUGAUGACACUGUUAUUCAAAAAUGUUACUUCUAUUACUGGUAUGGUUUAAUUCUCAAAAAGAAUUCCUGUGCUUAAAUGGUUCUGGCCAUUGAGACUAGAAAAAACUCCCUAUGAAGCUGUUUUUCUGAUGGGACAAAAACUGCUUUGGAAUGAUGGUAACAUUAGUAUGAUAAAGCAGAUUAUAUGUCUCCCUCAGAAGUAUCUAAUUCACAACAAUUUUCAGAGUUUAGCAAUGUAGUAAAUCAGGGAGCAGCAGUAUUUGCUUCCAUGAUACCUCAAGUUGCUGAACUUCAUUUUGUCCUGCUCGCUCGUCGUGCUCUAAGGACUUCUUACAAGCUUCCUACCAAGAGUUUUCUUGCGAAGCAUUAACAAUGAAAUACUACACAUACAAACAAGAUGAUGGCUUCUAGCAGCUGCUGCUACAGAGGUAAGGAAAACCAGAACUGAAAAUGAUUAAUUGGUUUUAAAAAGUCUCCAAGUCAAGCUUGACCCCAAAAACUUCAUGGACGUGGGAAAAAAAGACAAGGCUUGUUUUUUUGUUUUUUUUUUUGGCAACAGUAUGGAAGUUGUAUGCCAGUUUUCUUCCAGGAUCUUUUUUUUUCCAUUUCCCAGUCUAUAUUACAGCUCUGGUAUUGACUGGAAUCUGUCCCAAGCACUGCCCAUAUCUGACCUUACUUAGGGUCCAAGCCCAGACAAAAUUAGCCAGGGCUGCCAUCUGCUGAAGGAGAGCUGAACAUCUCUUUCACCUUUGCUACCAAAGGCAAUAGUAGUUUUUAAAACCACUGAAGUGCAUAAAUCAAUAAUUACAUACAUUCGGCUUGGUAGGCUUGUUCUUGGCAUUUGCCCCUUUGCUGUUCUGUAACAAGCCUUUAUUACUGCCACAUUGAUUCAUAAACUCUUUCCUCUUAAUAUCUUAAUUUAUAGAUUAUGAUGAUUCCAGAUUCAGAAUAUUGUUUACAUAAUUCACUGCCCUAGAGUUAUGGGUUUAAAGAGGUCAGUGGCAGUAAAUAGUUACGAAAUGUUUAUAUGUAAAAAUUUUAACUCCUGUAGUAUGCCAAGGUCAUAGUUUGAUUUCUUUCCCUGUGCCUUUUGUUUAAAUAAAUACAGAUGUUUACCAUAUGUAUAUGAUACCUUCCACCAAAAAGAAGUUCUUCAUAUAUUGCAUUUCUAAAGUAGAAGUUUGUUGCUGAAAAAAAUUAUGAGUUCUACAUUUUCAGUUCUUGUGAUAUGCUUUAUUAUAAGAGAUUUGUACACUACAAAUGUAUAUUUUUGGUUUGACAUGAAUUUCUCUGUCACUUCCUGACUUGAUCAUGUUACCAAUCCUUAAAAGUUUAGAUUUCUCAAGCUGUGAAUAAAUUUUUUACGCACUUCAUAA